CCCCUCCUUACUCUCUCACCCUUAUACUCUUUCUCACUCACACUCUUCACUCGUAUCCUAUCAUCAUAGACGACAUCUACGACACUUAACACCUCCCUAGCCGACAGGUCCGGCAGGAGCGAAUCCAUCAUUGUUACAUCUUUCGAUCAAAUUGAUAUCAACAACCCAUCCCGGACGGUCUCUCCUUCAACUCGAACGGGACUUUGAGAUAACUACCCUUGACGACAGAUUCACACCGCCUUGUCAACUCUACAUCACACUCCUUUGUACUCGAUGCACUUUUCGACUUCCUUAUUACUCCUCCCUCUCGUGGCUGCUCAUGCCAAUCAUAGACGACAUCACGCUCGCGAUGUUCUCAGACCCCUCUUGGUUCGUGCCGGGGCUCCUAUAGACAACGGAACUCUGGCCAGUAUAUCAGCUUUCGACGCUUCUGUCUCUCCCUCCGUCACGUCGACAGGUUCCAGUACAUCAAGCACUACCAGCUCAGUCACUUCCACGUCGUUGACAAGUUCCACAACUUCGAGCCUUACAUCGUCUACGACCUCGUCCUCGACUGCAUCAUCCACCACUUCGUCUAGCACCACUUCGAGCAUAACGUCAAGCUCCACCACUUCAUCGGAUACCUCCAGCGUAGCCCCGUCAUCGACCAAUCUCCCCAGCUCAGCGGCAGAUCUCCCAUCCACCCUUCCUUCCAGUGUCACGCCAUCGGCCGAACCGACUAUCGUACGCGUGUCCAACACCAAGACCAUCACUUCGACGUCCAAGACCACAGCGUCUGCUUCGGCCUCUGCUGUCAAGGCCGAUUCGGACAGUGACAAAAGUAGCAGUGGUCUGAGCAAACCUGCCUUGAUUGGAAUUAUCGUGGCUGCUGCUAUCGUCGGAUUGUUUGCUGCCGGUUGGACUGCGUUCAGGAAAUGGAAGUUGAAGCCUAGCAACAGGUUUGACAGUAAGAUGAGACCUAUCGACUUUUCGCCUCAUAACGAUGCCCUGGGUACAGAUGACUUCUUUGAGAAAACUCUCCAACGAACAGCCUCUCACAGCUCUGCAGAUCGCCAAAGACAACAAUUCGUUUCGGAGCUUGACCAACCCCAUCUUGUCGACGGCGUUCCCGAACACGACUUCACGGCCGGAGCUGUCAAUGGCGCGGGUCAUGGAGCGGCUUAUGACGCCUACGAACAAGAUCCUUAUGCUCAUGCGGAACAAUACGAUUAUGACGCGGCUUAUCAACACCAACCUCCGCAACACGAGUAUGCCUACGAUGCCCAUCACGGUUACGAAUACCCUACGCAGGAUCAAGCGACUGCUGUGGAUAAUGCGGGAUACGCGGAUUUACAGAGAGGUCCAAGUGUGGGAAGUGGGAGUGGACAUGGACAUGAAAUGGCCACUGCUCAGAUGAGCUUCCCUGAACCUCAUGUACCGGGUAGAUCGUACGGUUUGGGUCGUCCCACUGGUGGAUCUGAUGGACCAUACGCUCAAGCGGCUCAAUACAGGUAUUAAUCACGUUCAUUCCAUCGGUUCUAAUAUGAAUCGCAGCUGGUCUGCGGAAUAGUAUAUAAAUUCAACUCCAGAAGACGUUCAUUCCUUGGUUUCAACUCCCGGUCCAUGACUUGUCUUCUUUGUUCUCGCGGUGUAUGGUAUCAAAAGCCUUUCUCCGCAGAUGAGGAGUGGAUAAUAGGUAAUUAUAGUUGAGACGAAUGCCGUAAGAGGGUAUGCAAUAUGCAAUAUAUGUACGACAAAA